UGUUAUCAGAAAACCCAACGUGUUUCACUAUAACUGUGACAUCUGAAGCAGGAGAGAAUGAUGAAACUGUCCAGACAACCCUUAAAUUUACAUACAGACAGAAUUAUCCAGAUGAAACUCCACUUUAUGAAAUAGUCUCCCAAGAUAAUCUUGAAGAUAAUGAUGUCACAGAGAUAUUAAAGCUACUAGAGCAACAGGUAGAAGAAAACCUGGGGAUGGUAAUGAUCUUCACUCUAGUGUCUGCUGUACAAGAAAAAUUAAAUGAAAUAGUAGAUCACAUAAAAACAAGAAUAGAAGAAGAAAAGAAACAGAAAGAAAGAGAAGCAGAAGAAGCAGAAAAAGAAUGUUUCCAUGGCACUCCUGUUACAAUUGAGAAUUUCCUAAGCUGGAAAGCAAAAUUUGAUACAGAGCUCUUAGAAAUAAGAAGGAAAAAAAUGAAAGAAGAGGAGCAAGCAGGAAAAAAUAAAUUAAGUGGAAAACAGCUGUUUGAAAUGGAUCAUAAUCUUGACACCUCUGAUAUUCAGUUUUUGGAAGAAGCUGGAAACAGCGUGGAAGUAGAUGAAUCCUUGUUCCAGGAAAUGGAUGACUUGGAGCUGGAGGAUGAAGAUGAUGACCCUGAUUACAACCCUGUUGAUUUAGAAAGUGACUAGAUGGAAUUUACUGAACUGGCUGUAUCAUCGGUGUGUGUGGACACACUUAAUGAGGGAGGAGCAGACAGGAAAGCCACGGUAUCUGUGGCUAUACCAAGCAUGUAUUGGUUUUCUUUUUUUUGGAGGGGGAAGAAAACCAAAAUACUUAAGGAGAAUGCUCUCCUGAUUACUUUCAUUAAUAAAUUGACUAACAUUUCAGGUGUGAAA